AUGGAGAUUAUAAAGCUUGAAGAGAAGCUCACGAUGUUGAAGCGUUCUUCUGAUCGUGAUGUCCAAGACACCAACCAGGCGCCAUACUUGCCUGCCGGACUUGACCUCGACAACCCCAAGUUGAGCUUCUACACCGAGAGUCAGAGGCGAAGCAAGGUCGGCGCCGCCCCGCGCCCCGCGCCCCGCGCCCCCGUGGCUGCCGCGGCGGACUUGAGACCCUCCCAGUACCUGAGCAACGGUAGUCAGAAGCGAAAUAAGGUCUACCACGACACCGACAUCCGCCUCCACAAGCCGCCCUUCCGAGGCAAAGUGAAGAUGACAAGCGAGGAAUGGACCCGGAACCAGAUCACUACCUCGCAGUUCCUGUCCGGUGACCGCUUUAACCCGAACAACAUCUGCUCCAACUGCGGCCACGCCGGCCACUGGCUCGGCGACUGCGUCUUCCCCGACGACAACGGCACCAUCAUGGGAUGUCCGGUCCACAACACAAAGCUUCACGUCUUCGACGACUGCCGAGACCUGCCGUACAUGACCCUCCAGCAGCGCGUGACGACCCUCGUCGUGCGCAGGCGGAACAAGCCCGCGAUCCGGUCGAGGAAGCCGUGGAUCGAGCUCGUAAAGGAGGCAAUGGGCCAGGGCCUGGAAGAGUUGGUAUGA